UCUGGCUCCACAUUAAGACAUUUACCGCUAGUGAUGGAGGGCUAGCUUCUGGCUGAGAUGAGCCCUUCUGAGCUAACGUUAGCUAAUUAAGUUAGCUAGCCUCACGCUACAAUCCCCUGGCUGGCUAACUCCAGCAACUACGCAAAUGUCUUCGUGGAUUACAACAGGGUUAGUGGACGACCUCCCCACACCGGACAGCCGUAUCUUUAUAAUCCAUAAUAGCAAGACAUUGACAACAUUGAGGUUAAUAUGGCCCUUAAAAGUGGACACGAAGCUAUGUAUUCAGUGAGGGGAGGAUGGCAUUGUAUGGUUCCUCUUCUUAGCCGGGGACAUACUCAUCUCUACUCAUUACAGUAGGAGAGACCAUAUUCACUCUUCUCUGCUCAAAAUUCUACUAUACUGUAGGUUAAUUCACUUGUAUGUGUCGCUAAAAAAACUUUACUUAUGUUAUUAUAAAAUGGAUUUGGUUUUCCAGACAAUUGCAUGGAAACUGGGUUUGUUAUUGGAGGCUGACUUGACUACCAGUCCACAGUGGAUAGACCUUCAAUGUAAGCAGUGGUUGGUAGUUGGACCAGUAUAGUACCUUAUUCUGUGGCAGGCAUUUGGACACGUGACAACAAGAACAGCCCAGAUGUAACAAAAGACAACAUUAAAGCACGAGGAGCGUCUGUCCAGAGUGUUUGAUGAAGUGAUGGGGCUUGGACACUUUGCUGACUCCUCCAGGGGCUCUGCCAGCUCUUCCCGGAGUGGAGGUCGGGACGAAGCAAAGGGUGGUGACGACACCUCAGCACAAGGGGAAGGCCAACUGGUAGAAGAAGAGGAUAGCAACUGCAGCAGCAAAGAAGAUAAGAUGGAUGAGGGAGCGGGGGAGUCAUCCUUGCCUUGCACGUCCUCUCCUUCCACUGUCCUACCCUCCUCGUUUAGCGUGGGAACUAAGGAAAGUGGAGGGGCUGCAUGUGAUGACGCACUAGAUGGCCUUCCUGCGUUUGGGCCAGAAGAAGAAGAAAAAGAUGAGGUGAAGGAGGAAGAAGAUGAAGACUGGCAGGUUGCCCUGCCAAAUGACAGCCUUGAGGGCGCUAAUGUGGGUAAUGCAAAGAGAAAAGCUGCCCAAGGAACCGCAAACAACACAACUCCAGGUGAACCCUCUGUCGGUCAGGCCAUCGAGGACAAGGGGGAGGUAGAGGAGGAGGAGCAAGAAAGCGGAGAAAGCACAGUGUCUGCUAACACCUCACACUCCUCAAAAGACCACACGCUUGAUAAAAGCCAAGAUGAAGGCGUCCUGAACCAGACGGAGGAGACAGAAGAUAGCCAAGAGGGAGACAGAUGCGAAGCAGCUCCAAUAGAAGACAGUAAUCCUGCAUUGUCUUCUACGAUCAAUAUUAAAGACGAACCCAUAGAUGAGGGCUACGACAAAGCUCUACUGCCUCAGAGCUCCAUCAGACAGAUCAAAGAGGAGCUGGAGAAUCAGGAGGAGGAGCUGAGGAUCAGCUCUGUUUACUCCGUGGGUGGAGGGAGCAACUUUACGUCCCCUACCGUUGGAUCGAUUAGCAGGACAGAUAUCCUGCAAGGAGGGAUGAAGAACUUUGUCAACUGUGCUGUGAAUCUGCAAGAGAGAUCUCAAAUCUGGAUGACUUGUCCCACAUUUCCAGCACCAGUCCCAGCUCCCACAACGACAGCCAUCUUUAUUCCAGGUAGAGGUACUGUACUCCAAGGCAUGGCUUCCUUCCCUCUCAGACAGCCAGCUCCAAUCACAAGUUCCAUACCUGCUCUGAUACCAGCUCCACCCCGCCAGCCCCUGCCCUCCGUUCCGGGGAGCGUGCGAUGCAGUGGCUGCUCUAAGAUUCUGCUGAAAGGCCAAACAGCAUUCCAAAGGAAAGGUUCGACGCAGCUGUUCUGCUCCACGGUCUGUCUGAGUGGUCAUCUGCCUGCGGCCAGCAAGAACCGGUCCUGUUUCCAGUGCAACAGGGAGAUCCUUCAGCCCAGAGACACGAUAACGAUUCCAGGAGACGAAAACAACACCGUCUUUAACUUCUGCGGCCAGUUCUGUCUGUCUGUCUUCAGACACAAAAAGAAACCUGCUAACAAGAUCCCUAAUAAACGAAUAGAGAAGAAGCCAGAGAAGCUGCCCGAGAAGCCGGCAGAGCAACCAACAGACAAACCCGUUUGCAGUGUGUGCAGGGUCUCUAAUAAACAGAUUGAGCACGAGGUCACCCAUCAAGGUCGUCUCCACAGACUCUGCAGUGAUGCCUGCUUUGUAACGUGGCGCAAGAUGCGGCACCUAGCGAUGAACUGCUGUGAAGGUUGUGGACUUUACUGCAGCAGCAGCUCGGGAGCCUGUCAGACGCUCACAAUCGACAGAUCGCAGCUCAACUUCUGUGGCCCCACCUGUAUUGGCACGUACAAACAGAAUUGCAGAAAGACUGUCGAGUGUGCCUACUGUCACAAGAUGGCGGUAGUGUCUUUCACCAUCAUGGAACGAGACCAGAAGGGGAAAGUGCAACUGUACUGUUCAUCUCCUUGUGUGGAACGCAGUCGACCACCGAGACACGUCCUCACUGGUACUUCAUUCCCCUGCUGCCUGUGCAAAGUGACAGCUGUUCCUCAGUAUCAUCUGGCCAUGGUGGACGGCACCAUUCGGAACUUCUGCUCCUAUGACUGUGUCACUAUAUACAGGAAGUCCGGUAUAACCUCUCAGCCGGAUCUCAUCAAUGGAACCUCCGUUCUCAAGGAGCCAUCCAUCAAAGAAGCCCCCAAACCAGGGCCGUCUGCAGGAGCCAGCUCAGUCCCUCCCGUCCCUCAGGGCCACCAAUCUUCACUCCCCUACCAGGCCCACCAUCCCAGUCAUACCUCAGUGCCCCCGCUGGUGCCUCCCUACCCAACCAUGUCCUCCCCCUCUGUCCCCGGGCAAGCCCAGGCCAGAGCACCUGCUGAUCCGCCCCGGAAACCAGCACAGGGCGGACCUAGUGACACCUCAAAGCUGACCUGCCAUCAGUGCAGCAAACAGUUCAACACGAAGCCGCUGCUACUCAGUCACCAAGGUCAUAUUUCUAUGUUCUGCAGUAAGACGUGUUGUGAGCAGUAUAAAACCCAGAAGAAUAUCCUCAUUGUGUGUGAGUUCUGUAAAGAGGAAAAAGUGUUCUUUGACACCAUCAACUACAACCAACAGGACCUGAUUUUCUGCGGGGAAAGCUGUAAGCAACUUUUCAAGCAGGACCUGACAUUUCGUAACAAGGAUCAUCCGUGGCGUCCGUGCACCUACUGCUCCGGCAUCAGCCAGAAGAUGCUGCACAGCCACUACGGAGGCAGGCUGGAGGAGUUCUGUAGACCCCAUUGCAUGUCCCAGUUCACCGUGCUCUACUAUGGGAUGGGUCGGUGUGAUACUUGUCGCAAACAGGGCUACAUGGCUGAGAAGCUGCAGUGUUUGAGCUCAGUCCGUAAUUUCUGCAACCUGCCCUGCCUGCAGCAGUACUGCUACCUGCAUUUUGAGGCAAGCCAGCACAGCAGCAGUAACGGCACAGGACCGACUCCGCAAACAUCGCACGCACCAACGCAGCCCCACCACUCCUCACAGAUGAACCCUGUCAUAGCCGAUGUCGUAUCGCUGGCCAAUGGCUCUGCCUCUCAGCCCAGUGUGUCAGCAGACACUGCUCUCACUGGAUCACUUCCAACCUCCAAUGUUGACGGCAAGAACCUAGACCAUGCCAGCACUCAGACUGACGCCAUGCGAGUGCCGACGCCCCGCCGACGUCAGAUGAAGAAUAAGUCUGUUCUGUGUCGGCCCUUCACCAUGGACCAAGAGAGCAUGUGCCAGCUCCCCACGCCCUUCGAUGACUUAACAGCUCUGGCUUUGCCCCCAGUAAGCUCCUCUGCAGGGCAGGACAAUCUGGUGAUUGUGCCAGUUCCAGUACCGAUCUUCAUCCCAGUGCCUAUGAACAUGUACUCCCAGCAUACACCUGUUCCAAUGGCCAUACCCGUACCUCUUCCAGUACCCAUAGUGGUACCACCACAGAAGAAGGAAAUGAAAGAUGCAUCUGUCCAGUCAGAGCCUGUCGCUUUUGAGGAUGAAAAGCCAAACGAUGUGCCUGUUUCAUGUGCCGACCAAUGCAGUUCCUUUAACACAGACAAGUCAGAAGGGGUCACUCCCGUAAUCCGUGAAGAGGAGGACACUGAAAAAGCGGUGCAAGCUGACCUGCCGCUUGCUGUUAGCGAAGGGAGCAUCCCUAAGUCAGCGCAUCCCCAACUUAAUACCCAACCAGAGGAGACCACGGGCCACCCACCACCCACCACUGCUGACCCUCAAGCGCCUUCCUCUCCGCUGAUGGACCUGGAGGCGGACAUCCCGAAUGAUCCGUUGGACCAGAUAUCGCCUGCUCCACGCAGGGGCGUGAAGAGACCCAGAGAGGGUUACUCCGGCCGCAGACGGGGUCGGAGGCGAACUGUGAGCCGCAGCCCUGUGGUGACUCCAGCAGCCCCCAAACUGAACCACCUGUACGGGGUCAAAGCCUGGAGGAGUUGGGUCCGGCAACAGAACAAACUCCCGAGACCAUCCAAUCUAGUGGACAUUAAAGAAGACGUCAUUGAGUGCGACUCCGCUGAGCUGAGCUUUGCUCUGUCUUACUUCAUCAGAGACGUGAGACGGCCCAAUGGAGAGACCUACAGCCCAGACAGCAUCUUCUACCUCUGUCUGGGGAUACAACAGUAUCUGUUCAUGAAGGGCCGCAUAGAGAACAUCUUCACAGACGAGCUGUACAGUCAGUUUGCUGCCAGGAUCAGCGGGAUGUUGUCCCUCUGGAAGCCUCGACUUCUCCCUGGUGGUGGGGUUGCCUCCUCCCGUGUGGCGGAGUCCUACCUGUGGGAGUGCAAGCAGCUGGGCGCCUACUCCCCCAUAGUGUUGCUCAACACGCUGCUCUUCUUCUGCACCAAACACUUUGGCUUCACCACGCUGGCGCAGCACCAAAGUCUCUCCUUUACCAACUUCACCCGACACUCCAAACCCUGCAAAGGGGCCCCCAAAGUCGACUACCUCCGAUACCACAGGGGCAGCACCUCCACGCCACACGCAGAGCGAUCGAGAAAGAGAAAGGGAGGGGAAGCAGAGGACCUUGAGAUGCUUGAAAAUGUUGCCAACCCUCUGCACUGUCCUGUCAGACUCUAUGAGUUCUACCUCUCUAGAUGCCCGGAGUCGGUGAAGACGAGAACUGACGUGUUCUUCCUGCAGCCCGAGCAGCUUGUGCACACCAACAGUUCCCGCUGGUACACCUCUCAACCCCUAGACGCCACCACUCUGCAGAACAUGCUCACGCGCAUCUCGGCCGUCAGAGAGGUUCACCAGCAGGAAGCAGCUCAGCAAUCGCCCUCCGUCGCCCCUGACAACGGUGGCCUACAGUGACACAGAGCUCUCCUCCGGCCCACAGGCUCCUCUGCAGCGGACACCCGAUCUGAUGGCGAGCUGUGAGCGAGCGACGGCGACUCGAUGGAGACACAGCGAGAGGACGUCUUUGCGUUCUGCAUAACCAGGCGGCCAUUCUGAUCCACAACAUCCACACACAAUGUGUCUACAAACAUUUGAUGGUCUCAAAUAUGAUGAAGGAGUGUCAAAGAGUUCAUUUCACCCGAGCGCUGUUUAUGCCCAACACCAUCGGUAAUAUCCAUGUCAGGCCUGUCACAGGAACAGACUUCUGUAACUGUUCAACUCUUCUGUUUUAUUGUUUUUAGCCCAGUAUUUAUCCAUUACUUUUCAAAAUUCACCGAAAUGUUAAGAUAAUGACCUUUUGAGAACAAUAAAAACCCUGUCAAAUACACCUAGGUACGUAGAUGACAUUUGACCCACUGAGCAUUAGGAACAGUGGGCUGAUGUCCAGUGUCUGGCUCCACCCACCGAGUCACAGGAGGAGCAGGUUUUGUGGCUCGAUGGUGUGGAGUGUUCAUCAUAAAUCAACAUACUGCAUGUCAGUGUAACCCUGAGAGAGUGGACACACGGGGGCUCUGAUCUUUGGUGUUGGAUGGUGUUCUAGCUCCAUGAGGAUUAUGUGGUUCCACUCGGUUCCUUAUUGUGGGUGACCUUAAUUCCCUUGGGAGUUUAGGGUUAGGGUCAUUAGCUUAUGGAGCUAAAGGGAAAUAGCUGAUUACCCACAUUUACCUAUAUGAUAUUUUGCAGGGUGCAUAAUUUACCGCAUCAUGCCAAAUGUGUGGCCGACUCCUGCCCUAAUGCUCAAAGCAUGGCUUCAUUUAACGAGCACUUUAAUCCAUUUUAGAAUAUUCAGAGUUACGUCCGCACUUAAAUCAUGACAUGGAGAUUUGCGAUUGUUAUGAUAAUUAUUACAAUGGGACCUCUCUCCAUAUGUGCUUUUUUUACCCUGCCAACAUUUUCUCACCUCAUAUUUGUUUCUUACUUUGUUUUUGUUCCCUCGUUUUAAAAAUGGAAUUGGGAGACUUUUGAUGAGCAGCAGAUCUGUCAAAGUACCGUCACAAUACUCUUUACCCUGACCCAAGACUUUUCCUCUAUUAUUGCUAAUGGUGUUUAUGGUAUUUGUGUUUAAUCAUUUUCAAGUACUAUGACGUGUAUGUGUCUGAGGUAUGAAGUGGUGUAGCACUGUGUCUGUGGCAGAUUAAAGCUUCUUAGAAACUAGGUUUCUAAUUUGGCAGAUAGUCAAAAGUAGACUAAAAGGCAAACCUGUUCGGCCUAAUUGAUUGCUGCUGAACCACAGCACAGCCCUUGUCAAAAAGAUGUGAAGCUUACACAAUCAUGUCUUAUAGUUUCCAUUUGAGGGACUCUAAUUUGAAAACAUGAUUUUGAUUUCUUUUUUUCAUAACUUAAAAACUCCUUUCACAUGAAUUUUGCAUUGUUUUCUCGACCCGUUUACAUUCAAUGAAACUAUUGCCAUUUGUGGCAUUAUAGUAAUAAUCACUACCCACAAUACACCAUGUGUUUCAUAAUUGAUCUAUUUCAGCUCUCACAAUGUGUAUCUUGGAGGGCAACGCCUCUACUUUCACCUCAUGUUGAUGUUUUAUAUCAAAUAUACAAAUAUAGAGCUAAUAGCAUUAGCCACAGAGCUUUGGAAACACUAGGGAAUCUCUUGAAAACAACUAACUCUGCUGGUGCCGAGGACAUUCUAAAAGGAAGUGUUUUUGUCAUGCACAAAAUGCUGUAUUUUCAUGUGUUAAAAAGUCAUCUUACUCCUUUCUUUCCUCUGUUGCAAUGACGAAAGCAUGAUCGAAAGUGCAAAUUAAGUGUGUAUUUGUGAAACAUUUGAUUCUUAAAGUUUGAGUUAUAUUUGAUAAGGAGAUGUCGCUGUUAUUAAUGGGUUCUUUAAUGGGUUGACUCCUGUUCUUAUUCCCACGAAUACGCACUAAUGUCAAGCUGAAUGUAACAGAAGAUUUGUAAAAACUCAACAAUGUUUCUUAUCAGAAAACGUCGCCUGGUGAUUAAAGACUAUCAGCAGA